CACUGGUCAUAUAUCUGUACAAUGAGCCCCUUAAGAGCCUAAACAGCUUUUACGGCUGGCUAUUUUGUCUAGAUCUGCAGAUGCUUUGCUAGGCGUUUUGCAAAAUGGAAAUUAUUACUUUUACGACAGCAAAUUCUUGAUAAAAUGUCGUCGUUACUCAAAAACAAGACAAGGCAUGUCCAUACUUCCGGAGUCAUUUUAAACGACAACCUAACAACCGACGAAUGUAACUGGAAGCGUGCCCUGCGUAUGAACGUCACUGAUGACACACGAGAAUCCGCCUCCGCUUCCCUAGUUUAUCUUACAACUUUUCCGGUUUUGCUCUUUUUAUGCACUGUCGGAAGUGUCCUCACCGUCGCUGUGCUUUUAAACGAUCGAUCGCAGCGGAAAACCUCCACGGCGGUGUACAUGGUCGGAGCAGCUCUCGGAAACUUAUGUAUAAUGUGGCCUCUUUUUCCUGAUUACUGCUUCUUUUUAAGCGGAGCCAUUUCCUAUGGAGUUCCGUAUGAUAUAGACAAAGCACCUUACACUCGGGCUUUUUAUCGGGCCCUUGGCUUGCUCGAUUUCCUGAGUUAUACCGCUGCUGAUUUUGUAGAUUGGACUUUAAUAAUCUUUGCGACCGAACGAUUAUUCAGUGCGAUACGACCAUUAUUAUUCUUCUCCCGAAGAAAAUCUUCAGCCUGGAAACGCGCCGUAAUAAAAGAAGUCAUUAUUCUCAUUUUGGCUGGAGCAUUUUCCUUAUCAUAUUUAUGGAUAUAUUAUUAUUAUUGGACCUCGCCCAAGUACAGUAGUCAGGACGAGAUGCUGUUGCAGAUUCCUUCGCUGAAGCACUGGUACAUUCUGCAAUCCAAUGCUGACGUGCAUAUACCGGUUUACAGCGUCCCUCGGGAAACGAUCAUGCUGAUUGCCAAACGCCUCUUACUUCUCUUGAUAGAUGGGGUGCUGAUAUUUGUUCUGUGGCGACAUAAGAGAAGUGUCAAAAGAACGCUGUCUCGCCGGACAAGUUCGUCAACACAGAAUGCCAAUCACAUCGUCUUGGGCAGCCUAGUGUUAUAUCUAAUCACCCAGCUGCCUACUCUCGGUUACCAAUUCGCCCUCAUCGCCAGCCGUCCACCAUACUGCAGGCUUGUCUUAACCAAUGGCGAGGAUUCCAGUGCUAAUGAUAUCGUGCAGAUUAUCAGCUGGGUGGAUUAUUCGGUCACCUUUUGGGUCUACUAUGCGUCCAGCCUCAAGUUUCGUCAACAGUGUGCAGAUCUGUAUAGGCGUUUCUGCAAAUCCAGUCGCGUGUUUUGCUGCAAACACACUCACGAACGCAGCACUGAUGAUUCAUCAACAGGAAGGAUUAUUCUUAGCGCUGUUACAAGCAGCGAAGUGACUCGAAUUUUUGGUUUUAGAAACCGAACAACCAUAUAAGAUGAUCGAAAUCUUUUGGGAUUAUCUUUUGGGAUUUUGGGCCCUUUAACAUCAAACACUACACUCAAUGCCGGUACGGUGAGAAAAACCAGCACGAGCUAUCGAACACCUGCUCGCGUCCGACAAUUCGGCAUCGUCCCGGUCAGGGGUUUGACCUUUCUCCGUUUGUCGGGAUGUUUUUCACAUGGCUGGGUGCAUCUUCGAUAAUGUACAAUUAAAUGCGGCAGUUAAUUAUUGUUAAUUUACUUGAGCGGAAGUUGUUGUUUCGUUUUGUACUGGCGCUCAUUACCUUAGCAACAGUCGUCUUGUGGGUUAGUACCGAUGUUGCUUCAAAUGCAUGCUACAAUUUGAUAAGUCAUUCGAAUCUUCAGAACAGUUGUGGCUGCUUCCUGAAUCGGCUGUUCAAGUUUGCAUUGUUUUUUGGCGAAAUUGUAUUGCCGUUUUUUAGCGAAAUGUUGUGGCGAAAAAUUGUGCAGUUCAAUAAAUUUCAA